CAUCAGACAGAGACAGACAGACAGGCGAACAGACAGACAGGCAGACAGCAUCAGAGACUGCACUUAUUCACACGUGAACUUCUCCUGCAGAUUCUUUUCUUCUUUCCGAAAUACUCUGUAGGAAGUACUUUAAGAGUAGAAAGUGAAGUAUUGUCUCUGGAACAGCGAUGAAGGAGCAGAAGCUUGAAGAGGAAGUGAUGAAGAUUCUGGAGGAAGCACCGAGCGCCAGAAAGGCUCUGCUGGAAAACUACGACAACCUGCUCAACGUGGCCGACUACUGCUACAACAACUACAUACAGUCAGGUGACGGCAGCCUGGCGGCGUUGGAGGAAACCAAGAACUUCACCACGCGGUCUCUGGCCAGUGUAGCGUACCAGAUCAGCUGUCUGGCCAGCAGUGUGCUGAGUCUGCUCGAUGCUCAGAACAAUCAGCUGCGUCACAUGGAGUCCUCCAUCAACCUCAUUGGUCAGACGGUGGAGAUGCACAAAGAGAAGGUUUCCCGGAGAGAGAUCGGCGUCUUCACGGCGGUCCGACGCGUCCCGCGCUGCCACAAGAUCCUCCCCCCCCCUCAGCCUCCUGCCGGGCCUCAACCCCGCCCCCCGUACAGCCGUCGGCCAAUCAGCUACCAGCAGUUGGACGGCCUGGGACACGGCAUGAAGGUCUCUGGGAAACAGUCGGAGCGAACAGGAACGAUCCGUAAACACGGCGCCUCCACCAGGUCCACCAAACCCCCGGAGCCAGUGCAGUGUCCCGUGGUGCCCCCUGUCAGCGGCUCUAGUUUUGGGAAACCUGUGGCUGCGCCCACCAUCCCCUCCACAUACCAGGCUCCACCUGAGAGUGACAUCAUCAGCACCCUGCUGCUCGACGCCCCGCCCCCCCCUCCUCUCCCUCAGUAUGAUGAUGUCACUGACGCCCCGGCUCUGCCCCCUCCACCUCCUGAAUCGCCCGGAGAGAUGUCGGCCUUGCCCCCCCCUCCGCCUCCCCCUCCUCCUUCAGAGGCUGUGACCAAUCACAGUGCAGCACCGCCGCCGGCUCCGCCCCUCAGCCUAGAGACAGUGGUGGAGGAGAGCAGCUUCCCCCCUCCCUCUCCUCCCCCCCCUCCUCCCUCUGAUGAUGACGGCUUUCCUCCGCUGCCCAAUGAGCUGCCAGCCCCGCCCCCUCCACCUCCACCCAGCCAGGAAGUAGACGUGACCCUCCCGUCCAGGAGGAGUCGCCACCGCCGCUCACCGCCCACUACUCGCUCUCUGUCUCUGAGAGUCCGUUCUGGCCCUGCCUCCCGCUGCUGCUACACGCGCUCUCUCUUCCUGCCCGCUGUCCAAUCAUUGAUGAUCCCCCCUCCUCCCCCCUACCCGCCCCCCAACGCUCCUCCUCCAUCCUUCCCUUUGCUCCCGCGCUCCUCUUCUUCCUCACAUCGACUCUGCUUACCUGCUCGCCUCCAACACCUGGAUCUGGAGCUCCCAGCCACGCCCCCUCCUCUCCUAUUGGAUGAUCUUGGAGGGUUUGAUGACAUCAUGCCUCCCCUCCCUCCACCGGUAGACUACGACACGGACGAGCCCCCACAAUACCUCGAGAAAGUGGCGGCGCUGUACAGCUACGAGGCGUCCAAACCAGACGACCUGUCGCUCACCGUCGGCGACGUCAUCUACCUGACGCAUCGCCACAGUGACGGCUGGUGCGAGGGUGUUCUCCGCGGCAACCGGGGCUUCUUCCCCGAGAACUACGUCCAAUCAUGUGGCUGAAGACUGAAGCCCCAACAGGAAACACAGGAAGUCUUUUAGGAAUGUUUACUUACAUAAUAAACCAAUAUAUAUAUAUAUAUAUAUAUAUAUAUAUAUAUAGAGAGAGAGAGAGAGAGAGAGGUAAUGAUAAUAAAAUUAUCAAAAGUUUAAAAAAUUGUAAAAAAAAAUCAACAUUUUUACGACGUUUUCUUCAAUUUAAAACGACAAUUUCACUUUUACAAGAAAAAA